GAGUGCUGGUUCCUGCCCACCGCGCUGCUCUGCGCCUACGGCUUCUUCGCCAGCCUCAGGCCGUCCGAGCCCUUUCUGACUCCCUACCUGCUGGGGCCCGACAAGAACCUCACGGAGAGGGAGGUCUUCAAUGAAAUUUAUCCAGUAUGGACUUACUCUUACCUGGUGCUGCUGUUUCCUGUGUUCCUUGCUACAGACUACCUCCGUUAUAAACCUGUUGUUCUGCUACAGGGACUCAGCCUUAUUGUUACAUGGUUCAUGCUGCUCUAUGCCCAGGGACUGCUGGCCAUUCAGUUCUUGGAAUUCUUCUAUGGUAUUGCUACAGCCACUGAAAUUGCCUAUUACUCUUAUAUCUACAGCGUGGUAGACCUGGGAAUGUAUCAGAAAGUCACAAGUUACUGUCGAAGUGCCACUUUGGUGGGCUUCACAGUGGGUUCUGUCCUUGGGCAAAUCCUUGUCUCAGUGGCAGGCUGGUCUCUGUUCAGCCUGAAUGUCAUCUCUCUGACCUGUGUUUCAGUGGCUUUUGCUGUGGCCUGGUUUUUGCCUAUGCCACAGAAGAGUCUCUUCUUUCACCAUGUUUCUUCCACCUGCCAAGUCAUGAAUGGCAUCAAGGUACAAAAUGGUGGCAUUGUUAUUGACACCCCAGCUUCAAACCAUCUUCCUGGGUGGGAGGACAUUGAGUCAAAAAUCCCUCUAAAUAUGGAAGAGCCUCCCAUGGAAGAACUGGAACCCAAGCCAGACCGUCUCCUUGUGUUGAAGGUACUAUGGAAUGAUUUCUUGAUGUGCUAUUCUUCUCGCCCUCUACUCUGCUGGUCGGUGUGGUGGGCCCUCUCCACCUGUGGCUAUUUUCAAGUUGUGAACUACACACAGGGCCUGUGGGAAAAAGUGAUGCCUUCUCGCUAUGCUGCUAUCUAUAAUGGUGGUGUGGAAGCUGUUUCAACCUUACUAGGUGCUGUUGCCGUGUUUGCAGUUGGUUAUAUAAAAAUAUCCUGGUCAACUUGGGGAGAAAUGACAUUAUCUCUCUUUUCUCUCCUGAUUGCUGCCGCAGUGUAUAUCAUGGACACUGUGGGUAACAUUUGGGUGUGCUAUGCAUCCUAUGUUGUCUUCAGAAUCAUCUACAUGUUACUCAUCACGAUAGCAACUUUUCAAAUUGCUGCAAAUCUCAGCAUGGAACGCUAUGCCCUAGUGUUUGGUGUAAAUACCUUCAUCGCCCUGGCACUGCAGACUUUGCUCACUCUAAUUGUGGUAGAUGCCAGCGGCCUUGGCUUAGAAAUUACCACUCAGUUUCUGAUCUAUGCUGGUUAUUUUGCACUCAUCGCUGUGAUUUUCCUGGCUAAUGGUGCAGUCAGUAUUAUGAAGAAAUACAGAAAGCAGGAAGACCCAGAGUCAAGUUCUCAAGUAACCACUUCAUAAGACACUACUGAAGAGCUUCUUCUUAUAGCAAGAACUCUGCAUUACAGCUGCCUGGAUGUAUUUAAUUUUUUUAAAGUAUAAACAUGUAUUUAUGAAUGUACAUUUCAUGGCUUCAAAGCAUCCACUUGACUAAUACUCUGUGUUCCUGGAGUAACAUGAUACUGUUCAGAGGAGCCAGAAGUAAAAAUUUAUUUCAUGGAUUAUUUAUGAAAACUAAUGAUGACUUUCUUCUGAUUCAGAAGUGAACUUGAUUUUAAAAACCAAGUCAUCAAGAGCAAUCAGGCAGCAUAUGGUGUUGUAUACUUGAUUAGAAGUGUGUUUGAUGUUUUAUAGGUCAUGUACGUCUGUAUCCACUUAGCCAUACACUUGGCCUGGUGGGACCAGGGCUUCACAGAGGCCACAAGAUGUUACAAGUCAUGAUGGAAAUAGUUUAACAGCACUUGCCUCUAUUCAACUUAAUUCUUAUUUUCAUGUUACUCCUGUGCAUUUGUGUUUCUACAAAUGAAAGUUGUUCUAUCAUCAGCAAUAUUUGCUCUGGUUUAGUGUUCUGUCCUAUAAAAAAUAUGUGUCAUUUCUAAUUUUAAGUUAUUUUUAAAAAUCCAUUGUAUGAAUGUUCUCUGUUCCCAUCUUGACAAUUGUGUAUAUGUAUAGAUUUUCCUUAAAAAUACAUUUUGCAUUAUUCAUAUGCUUCCCAGAGAAGCUCAUUUAGUUAGACAAGAAGGCAAGUUUUGAAGCCUGAUAAUAAUUUAAAUGAAGAAAGUUAAUCAGAAAAUUUAAGAUAGGUUUGCUUGUCUUUAAUUUUUUGGUAUGAAGGACUGUUAAUUCCAUGAUGAAAAGUUCCCAUGGGCUAAAGAUAUACCUAGCCCAUUUUGUAUUUGCAUUCCCUUUAAUUUCCAAAAUAAAACGAAAACGUCUUUUUAAAAAGAUGCCUUCAUCCCAUUUAUAGCUUUUAUAUUAAUUUGUCUUUCUUAUCCAAGUAAAGAUAUCAGUAGGAGUUGGAUUAUUCCAAGGCAUUUUUUAUAAAUUGAGCCUCUUUUUAAUUAUGUCAGUGGAACAGGAACUAGGAUAGAUUUGAUUCUUGCAUUUUGUACCUUAAAUCUGCCUUUGUUUCUAAGGGUAAAUCAUCUUGAAUAUGCUUAAAAUAAGAAUUGCUAGUGAUUACUUGAAAAAAUGUUGUUCUGUAUUCAUUUAAUUCUGAAAUCAAUCUACCAAGGGGCUGCUAGUAUAUGUGAGACAUGAAAACUAUUUUAAAGCCGACUUUGUUGCCUUAUCUUGAAAAGACUCUAGAUAGGUGCUUUCAACUGGGGUGUUAACUUUUUUUAGAAUGACACAGCUAAACAGUGUUGCUAUAGUGUCAAGAUUGCAAAAUUGACAUUCAUUUGAUUUAAGCAGGAACUCAAGAAGCAAAUGGAUGAGGUUAAGAAUAGGUCAUUUUCUAUUCACCUUACUUUAACAACCAAGGGAAAGUAGAAGAACACUAGCUAAGGAAAGGAAAGGGAUGUGGUGUCAUAAAAGUAGCAACUUCCAAUUUUAUAUUUUUUUCUUUCUCUUUUGUUUCUUCUUUUUGCUUAAUUUUGGUUUUGCUGUAUAGGGAAUUGUUUACCCAGAAACAAGUAGAAAAGUGUUUGAGGGAGAAUCUUUUUUUGUUAAUAGAAUGUGGUACAAAUUGUUCACGUUACCAAAGCAAUAUUUCCCUGGAAUUUAAUUCAAAGUUGUGGCACACAACCUGAGCCUUUACUUGUUUAAGACAUGAAUAUGUUCACAUCUUGGUGUGUGGCCAUACUUGUAGAAUGCUGAACCCAAUGUGCAAGUUGUACUGUAUGCAGUUUUGCAAAGAAGUGAAAAUAAUUUGUUGUACUUUUUAUUCAAUUCUAUAUAGAUUAUAAACUUAUUUUUAUUAAAUAAAUAUUUUACUGUAUGUUUUCCCUUUU